GCUGAGUUUGUUGUCGUGUGAGUAGCUGUUGUUAACUGUGUCGGCUUUUACGUGUUCAGUAUUCAAAGGACAUUAAAUCAUACAAGUUAGUGGCUUAUGUAGUUCGACGAUUGUGUGAAGGUUUGAAUGUAUCAUCAAUUAAUUUAAAUUGAACUAUGUGUCUAGCUGUGUGUCUCUGGCUGCUUGUGUCCAGUCUAUGGCUGUCUGGCUGCGCCCAACAAGAUGGCGGAUCUAACGUUACAUCCAGUGGUGGGAACUGUAGCACUCUUACACCGUGCGGCUCUACCAACACCAACGGCAACAAAAUAGACCGGAGUGAGCCGGACUCACCUGGACCGUUCCAUGACCUCACCAAACUUGAACUUAAGAAUUUAAGGACUUUCCUGGAGAAUGACCCUAACAUCAGGGCCGUGAACUCUAGCCAAGCGACCGUCAAUUCCAGCUACAUCUACAUGGUGGAUUUGUUUCUACCAAACAAGUCGCGCGUUGUGUACUUCUUAGAUCAUGGAUAUGAGCAACCUGUAAGAAGCGCCCGUGUGAUGAUGUUCAGGGGGGACAAGACCCCUGCUGUGGUGGAGGAAUACCUGUGUGGACCCCUGCCUGACAUCCAGAGAUGUGACUUGCUCAACUUUACCUAUAGACGGAAUCCUGUCGAGUUUACUCUCAGGCCUUUCAGUACUUUGGAGUUUGUUACAAUCUUAAAUACCUUAGGAGUGGAGCUGGAUAAUAAGAUAGGCUACAUUUUCCGUGAGAGCUACAACGCUACAAUUACUCAGUGCGUCACAAAUGAGGAAUGUUUUACCUUCACGCCAUCUCCACUGGGAUCUGGGUUCCUGAAAAACACGAACAUCAGACGAAUGUGGUUCGUAUUUACUUACCAACUGCCCUUCCAGUCCAUAUUCCCACUGGACUUUGCUGCUUUGUUCAACUUGGACAGUUCGGACCCAACGAACUGGUCCAUCGAGAAGGUUUGGUACGCUGGUCAGAUGUACAAUACAGUGGAGGACCUCAUCAAAGGCUACGAUAAUAACACAAUCCCAAAGCGGAAGUUAACAAGACCAGUAGAGAAUGAGGACCUGUUCUCAACAUUGUACAGACGAGGUCAGCCCGUGCCUGACCAGCCUCAGAGACCCCCACUACAAGUGGAGCCAGACGGCAAGAGAUACUCACUCAAAGAUAGAAAGGUUGAUUAUUUGGGAUGGAGCUUCAAUUUCCGAAUGUCUCCAUUCACUGGACCAGCUAUCUACGAUGUUAGAUUCAAAGGGGAGAGAAUUGCAUAUGAAAUAGCACUGGCAGAGUUGUCGGUCUUUUAUUCAGGAGAUGCUCCUGGAAUAUCGAACAUGAACUACGUCGACAGUGGGGCCUUGCUUGGCAUACAUUCCAAAGCUCUGGUUCCUGGAGGUGACUGUCCCGAGUUCGCGACCCUAAUAAACCAGACUUUCUUCGCUCAACGUAGCCGAGAGGACGUAGAGCUGGCCUCAACGUUUUGUUUGUUUGAACAGAACAAUGGCUACCCACUGAGGAGACAUCUGUCCUACCAAUUUGCUUUCGGCUCGUUUUACGGGGGAAUGUUGGACUCUGUUUUAACUCUCAGAUCGGCCAUGACGAUAGGCAACUACGAUUAUAUUGUGGACUUCAUCUUUCAUCAGAAUGGCAUCAUUGAGACUCGACUAUUGAGCACAGGCUACAUACAGACCAGCUUCUACAGAGACGCGGAGAUCCCCUACGGCUUCAGACUCCACGACAACAUCCUAGGGAACGUGCACCACCAUAUGGCACACUUCAAGGUCGACCUUGACAUUGCUGGCUCGUCCAACCGCUACCAGACCCUGGACAUCGUCAACGACCAGAAGUUUGCGAGAGAGGAUCAAUGUAUCAAGAUCCACCAAACCAAAGUAGUUUCAAAUUUAAAGAAAACGGAAAAAGAAGCUUUAUACGACUUCCAUUUUGAGAAGCCGAAAUAUUUGAUCGUCUACAACGAGGCGAACAAAACAAAUCUCGGACAGGUGAAGGCUUACCGAAUCGACAUCAAAAGCGUGUCCAAAAAUAUCCUCCCCGAGGGUGAGGGCAACGAGCCGACGAUCUCCUGGGCCCGGCACCAGAUGGCCGUGACACGUCACAAAGACGAGGAGUUCACCUCCAGCUCCAACUACGGAAUGUUCGAUGGUUCUCAACCUGUCGUCGACUUUACAAAGUUUUAUAAUGAUGACGAGGACAUUGUUGAUAAGGACCUUGUGUGCUGGGUCUCCAUGGGGAUGCACCACAUCCCCCACACCGAGGACCUCCCAGUGACGCCCUCUGUUGGUAAUCACAUGACCUUCUUCCUGAUGCCCUACAACUAUUUCCCACAAUGCCCGUCCAUGGGAUCACGUGACGCCCUGUAUAUCAAACAUACUGACCCCAAAAACCCAUCUGAUGGGGUCACUAUCAACAGACAUGGAAAUAGCGUGGAUCAAUGUAUCACACAAAAACCCACUUUGGAAGCAGACGUCAUCAAUAACCCAGAUCAGGUUCUACAAACCAGACGUCCCAGAUUUUAGAAACAAAGUUUGGUUCUCGUUUUAUCGAAUGUACUUUUGUUGUUGAAAUUUCGUAUUUAUAUUUGAAUUGUUUAAUUAUUACGAAUAAUAUGUCAAAUGUUCUAAACAUUACCCAUAUUAAAUCACAUAAACUUCAAUUAAAUAUCUCGGAGCUACACAAACAAACAACUCGUUGCAAAUGUGAGCAAUGAAAUUUAAAUUUAAAUGAUUGGUGAAAUCUUAGAGUUUGUCAUCAAAAUACAGUUUAAUAUAUGAAUAAAACAAAUUACGAUU